AUGGCCACGUUCCAGAGAGUCUUCGAGCAGGGAGACACAGCAGAGCGCAUCAGACAAUGCUUGGGGCCCUGGGCCCAAUGGAUAGGCCAGUUUCGCCAGGUGUCGACCCACUACUGCGACAUCCUCCAAGGCCUCUCGGACUCCCUGCAGCUGACGCACCAGCGGGCAGUGCAGGAGGAGAGGAUCAGGAACAACCAGACAUGGGCGUGGCGAACCCAGAGAGAACCACACGAGGAGAUCAUGGAUGUGGUCAUGAUGGACUCGGACGAGGACAUCACCGAGGAAGAGGCCCUGCGAAUGCUGAGGAGGGACUACGGCCAG